AGGAGCUACGCCGGUGCACAACUAAGAGUACAGUUGUUUGUAUGACUUUGACUGAGUGAAUUCGGUCACGGUGAGCCCCCACAGAUCCCUCUCCUCGUGCAUGACUCUUUCAAAAUAAAACAUCCUUGCGUCACGUCGACGCUGCUGGUGACGAAGUCGUCCACUCCACUCCUCCUAUCUUCUCCAACUCUCUCAUCAGGACCACAGGGAUGAGACGGACUGAUGCACGCCGCGCAACUUUGCUCAACACGGUGCAAUUCUCUUCUCAGGCUGCUCAGUGAGUGUAAAGUACACAAAAAGGGUUGAUAGUGACGUGUCGGAGUUGGAUUUUUCCCCUAUGUCGCGAAAGCAGGCGGACCAUGACUACAACCUCCGGAGUAUGAGCAACCUGAUGGGCGAACGCUGGAGGAAAGUGAAUGAUGGAGGAGAGCGGAGUCUCAUCAAGGCUCCAUCCAGCGCCAGCAUCAGCAGCCUGCAGGUGGCCUCUUCCUCCACCGCCUCCAGCGCCCCGGCAGCCUCGUCCACCUCCACCGGGGACCUGGAGAGGGCUGCGCGGAAGCAGUUCCAGCAGGAUGUCACACCCGGCUUCGUCUACGUCCUCUCCGCCUUCUCCGCCCUGGGAGGGUUCUUGUUCGGCUACGACACCGGGGUGGUCUCCGGGGCGAUGCUGUUGCUCAAGAGGCAGCUGAAGCUGAGCGCCCUGUGGCAGGAAGUGCUCAUAUCAAGUACUGUGGCCGCGGCCGCCUUGGCCGCCCUCCUGGGAGCCUUCCUCAACGGGCUCUUCGGGCGCAGGGUGUGCAUCCUCCUGGCUAGCUUCUUCUGCACCGUCGGAGGGAUCGUGCUGUGCACCGCCCCCGGGAAGGAGGUGCUGCUGGCGGGGAGGCUCGUAGUUGGAGUCGGACUCGGCAUCGCCUCCAUGACGGUGCCUGUAUACAUUGCUGAGGCCUCUCCACCACACCUCCGUGGCCAGCUGGUGACCGUUAACACCCUCUUCAUCACCGGCGGACAGUUCACCGCCAGCCUCAUCGAUGGCGCCUUCAGCUAUGUGCAGCGCGACGGUUGGAGGUACAUGCUGGGCCUGUCGGUGGCGCCCGCUGUUCUCCAGUUUGUAGGAUUCCUCUUCCUGCCCGAGAGCCCCCGCUGGCUGAUCCAGCGAGGGCUGACUCAGAAGGCCCGCAGGGUGCUCAGCCAGAUACGGGGCAACCAGAACAUCGACGAGGAGUACGACAGCAUCAAGAACAGCAUCGAGGAAGAGGAGAAGGACGGCGGAGGAGAUGGCCCCGUGAUCUGGCGCAUGCUGACCUACCCCCCCACGCGGCGGGCUCUUCUGGUAGGUUGCGGCCUCCAGAUGUUCCAGCAGCUUUCUGGAAUCAACACCGUCAUGUACUACAGCGCCACCAUCCUGCAGAUGUCCGGCGUGCGGGAUGACCGCCUUGCAAUUUGGCUGGCCUGUCUCACCACCCUCACUAACUUCCUCUUCACGCUGCUGGGAGUGUGGCUGGUGGAGAGAGUGGGCCGACGGAAGCUCACGCUUGGAAGCAUCGUAGGUACAUGUCUCAGCUUGUGUGUGCUUGCUGUGGGCUUCCUGUUGUCAGCGCAGCACAGUCCUCCUGUCACCUUCCAUCCUUUAGAGCCUUCGAUGGCCAACACCACCUGCUUCAAGUAUCAGCUGUGCGAGCCGUGCAUGCUGGACCCGGCUUGCGGCUUCUGUUAUCGUGAGAAUGGCUCGCUGCUGCUCACCUCCUCCUGCGUUCCAGUCAAUAGGGCCUCCACUGAGCAGGCGGCAUGGGGCAGGUGUUCCAAUUCCAGUCAGAUGAAGGAACACACGUACUGGGCCUACAACUACUGUCCCACCUCCUUCUCGUGGCUGGUCUUAUUAGGAUUGAUGCUCUACUUGGCCGCUUUCGCUCCUGGUAUGGGUCCCAUGCCCUGGACCAUCAACUCAGAGAUCUACCCUCUAUGGGCGAGAAGUACUGGCAACGCAUGUGCAGCCGGAGUCAACUGGACCUUCAAUGUCCUGGUAUCACUCACCUUCCUCCACUUGGCCCAAUACUUCACCUACUAUGGAGCAUUCUUCCUCUACUCCAGCAUGGCCCUGCUGGGCUUCAUCUUCAUCUACGGCUGCCUGCCUGAGACCAAAGGCCGGCGUCUGGAGGAGAUCGAAGCGCUGUUCGAGAACCAGCUGUGCUCAUGCGGCGCGUCCGAUUCGGACGAGGGGCGUCAGGUGGAGUACAUUCGGGUUAAAGGGUCAAACUACCAUCUAUCAGACAACGACGCGUCUGAUGUAGACUAGAGAUGCUCUCACGUGUUAAAGAACACACACAGGGUGCUCUUGGUUUUAAUGGUGAGCUGAGAGCCUCUGGUUGACCUUGUGAAUGUUUGUGUUCUCAGUUCCUCCUCUGAAUUGAAAUUUGGUGGACGAAAAAGUCAAACCGUGCACCACACUAAAUCAGCAACGUGUAGAGGUUGUGUGUCUUCCUUGUGGACACUUGAACAAACAACGGCAACCAUAAACGAGACAAUAGCACUCUCUUAAAGCCUCUGUUGAAGGAUAAUAGUCCAUCAUUUUGCUCAAGUUGUCCAUUUCAUUAUUCCGUUUCAAAUGUAAGCUUGUAGCACGGUCUUAUUAUUUAGAGUAGCUCCCGGCUUCUAUUUUUACGAGACGCAUAGUGACAGUGGGUGGCUGCAAACACCAAACUAGUAGCACUAAAAGGACUGCUGCUGAGAUCUCUUCUUCUUUCAUUUGCUUCAUUACAUGUGCAGCAGGUUCGAUGCCAUGUUUCCGAAUCCAGUAUUUAAGAUUAUAAUUGUGCCUGGUGUUUUGUGACGGGUGCCCUCUCAGCCCAAAAAGUGCACAAGGAUGUUGAAUAUGUUAUAAUUUAUUUAUUUUUUACUUUUACAUGUCCAUGAUUAUUUUUUCUUUUUGUUGGUGUUGUCUUCCACUGCAGCCUUAUGUACAAAACCCAUCAUAUUUAUGUCAUUUGUGUCUCAUGAUGACGACUAGGUAGACUUUAAAGUACUAGUAGAUGGUUUGCUGCUCGAUAAAAACUGGUUUUAAUGUUAAAUGUCAGAGCAGAUGUCCCUUCAUUAACUGGCAUUAAGUGUCAACUACUGCAGAAUACUGUAAGUCUCAGAAUUCAUAAUAACCCAAUAUAAUGAGCUCCAAUACAAAAGCUAUAGCAACAAUAUAGGUGUUAUUGGCAUUGACAUCAAUAAUAAACAUAUUGGCCAAUGAACUCCUUCAUGCAGGUGUACCUAAUAAAGUGUCCAGUGAGUGUAUAUUAAUGAAGGAUAACGCUUCAUGUUAUGAUAGGAUUCAAUAGGUUAUGCAACAUUUGUCCAUUGUCAUUUGUCAUUCAUAAAAAUGUGUCAUGGAUUGGUUUGAAAAAAAUAAUUUUGCACUUUUAUCAGACAGUUCCAUUCCCAGACUGUGCGACUUGUGACCAAAUAUUGCCGUGAUUGUUCCGGACUGCACUUUUGUCACAAUGUGCUGUGUUUUUGCAGUUGUGUUAAAGCUGUCCACGUGUGGACAGUUAUUGUGUACUUCUGGUGACAUCAUGUGUGUUUCUACAGUUUUCAAUGAAGUAGAAAAAAGACUAAUAGAGUGAUGUAUAGUAUAUUUAUUCAUUAUUGUCUGAGCUGUACAUGUUUUGCGAGAGUUUAUAUUCUAUAAAAAAAUAUAUCUCGAGUGUACAAGGGGAAUUAAAUAAACU